AUGGGCAAGCUUCGAGGAAACACGCUCUUCGGAGCCGUUACGGCCCUGACGGCUUUGGGGUUCAUGCAGAUCGGCUACGACAAUGGAUUGAUGGGCAACUUGAUCAACGGCAAACCGUGGAAUGACACUUUCGACAACCCUGAUGCGACCCUGGUCGGCACAAUCGUCAGCAUCCUUGAGGUUGGCGCAUUCUUUGGCAGCAUCUUCACGGCCUUCGUCGGGGAAAAGCUUGGACGACGGAAGAGCAUUCUCCUUGGAGUAGUCAUCAUGGCCAUCGGUUCUAUCCUACAAGCCACAUCAUAUUCUCGAGCACAGAUCAUCGUUGCCAGAGUCAUUGCUGGCAUUGGACUGGGCAUCAACAACUCUACGGUCCCUGUGUUUCAGGCCGAAUUCUCGCCAAAGGCUAGUCGAGGCUUGUACGUGUGCAUGCAGUUGAGCACGCUGAACUUCGGCAUCAUGUUGAUCUACUGGAUCGACUACGCAUUCUCGUACCAUGAUGAAAGCUUUGCAUGGAGGGUCCCAACAGCACUACAGCUGGUCUUCCUCAUCGUCAUGCUUGGAUUAGCUCUCCUAGUCGACGAAACUCCUCGAUGGCUCGUCGCUCAUGACCGCUCGGAUGAGGCAUGGGAAGUUCUACAGAGAGUCAACUACAACAGACAUACUGAAGAAGAGACCCGAGCACAGUUCGACGACAUCGUGAAUGUGGUCAGAGUACAAAACAGCAUCAAGACCGGAUCUUGGGCCACGAUCCUCAAGAGCGACAAUAUCUCUAGUCGCCGUCGGUUCUUCAUUGCAUGCGGCAUCCAGUUCAUGCAGCAAGCGGGUGGUAUCAACGCUAUCGUCUACUACUCCGGAACUCUCUUCCAAAAAUCCAUCGGCUUCAGUCAACACUUCUCCGGCCUCAUGGCCGGCUUCCUGAACACCUGGUUCUUCGUCGCCUCCUUCAUUCCCUGGCUCCUAAUCGACCGUCUCGGCCGCAAGCCUCUGCUCCUGUCCAUGAUCUUUGUCAUGGCCGCUGUCUUCACCGUCCAAGCCGCUCUCAUCUAUCAGGUCCAGAAUAACACCCCGAUCCAACACAGCUGCGGCAUCGCUGCCGCCAGCAUGUUGUUUGUGUACCUGGGUGCUUUCACUGUUGGUUUUCAAGCCACCGUGUGGGUCUAUCCGAGUGAGAUCCUACCGUUGAGGAUGCGGCAGAUGGGCAGCUCGGUCUCGACUGCAACGAACUGGAUUAUCAACUACGUCGUGGUGCAGAUCACGCCACCAGGUAUCCAGAAUAUCGGGUGGAGGUUCUACAUUAUCUUUGCGGUGCUGAACUUUGUCUUCUUGCCCGUGAUCUACUUGUUCUUCCCAGAGACGAAGGGGCUUGCGCUAGAAGACGUCGACAGGCUGUUCGCCAAGGAUGAUGGUGUGAUGCAUAUGCUGCAUGAGGGUAAGGAGGAGUCCAAGGAGAUCGAGCAUACCAAGGACUGA